UAUCACAGAAAACAAGCAGUGCUAAGUUGCUAUUUUAACUCUUUCAGGUUCUGAGGCUGUUACUGAGGGGAGGCAGGUGCACUUUGGUAGGCCAGCUGCAGUGUGUCUGGGGCUGCUGUGUGUUCUUCUUUUGGCUGUUAUCACAGGACUGAGUGUAACGCAUAAUACAGAGAGAGAGCAGUUGAGAAACCGUUAUGCCAACAUGACUGUGGAGUUAGACCAGUUACAGAGCAGUUUAGUCAACAUAUCUAAACAGAGAGACCAGUUACAGAACAGAUUUGACAGCAUAAGAAAGGAGAGAGACCAGUUACUGGACACUAACAACAGGCUGGCUUUAGAGCGAAACAAGCUACAGACCAGCUAUGAUGUCCUGACCAAGGAAAGAGAAGAACUUCAGAGGCAGAUCACAGAGAACGCCUGUCCAGCUGGAUGGACAAAGUUUAGGUCCAGCUGUUACUACAUGUCUACCUUUGGGAAAACGUGGGAAGAGAGCAGGCAGGACUGCAGAAUGAAAGGAGCAGACCUGGUGAUCAUCAACAGCAGAGAGGAACAGAUAUUUGUUUCUGGACUUGGAAAGACUUUGUGGAUUGGUCUGACUGACCAGGCCAUGGAGGGGCACUGGAAAUGGGUGGAUGGCACGUCGCCAGGAACUGGGUACUGGUUGCCUGGUGAGCCAAAUAAUGCUCACUAUCAAGGUGAGCACUGCGCUGAGGUAAUUCAUCGUGUUGGCUCCACUGACACACUAUCCAGCUGGAACGAUGUUCCAUGCAGCAGUGUCCUUUCUUGGGCAUUUGGAAACACCAUAGGACAGAGUCAACGCUGGUGAGGGUGGUCAAUGAUUCAUCUGUCCUGUGCCAGGGAGUUGCAGAAAAAUCAUCUACGAAUUUAUUAAAAGC